UUUAUUAAAUGGCAGCGUACACAUUUGCCAUGCUUGCCUUGCCGAAGUAGUAUUUUUAGAUACUGUUUCAUAACAUAUUUUAAAACUAAUCUGAAGACAUGUCCGGACGACAAAACAACAAGUUACCAAACAAUCUACCGCAGCUGCAGAAUCUUAUAAAAAGAGACCCGCAGUCCUAUGUAGAGGAGUUUCUCCAGCAGUACCGACACUACCAAUCCAAUGUCCAGAUCUUUAAACUUCAGCCAGACAAACCCAACAAGGAGCUGGCAGACCUGGUCAUGUUCCUGGCACAGGUCGGUCACUGCUACCUGCAGCACCUGUCUACGUUUCCUCAGGAGCUGUCUGAGCUGUUACUGAGUAACCAUACGAUCCUGGAGCCAGACCUCAGGAUGACAUUUUGCAAAGCGUUGAUUCUUCUGAGAAAUAAGAACCUGAUCGACCCCUCUGGCCUGCUUGAGCUCUUCUUUGAGCUGCUGCGAUGUCAUGACAAACUACUGAGGAAGACAUUGUACACACACAUUGUAUCAGAUAUCAAAAACAUCAAUGCCAAGCACAAAAACAACAAGAUCAACACAACGUUGCAGAACUUCAUGUAUACGAUGCUGAGAGACAGUAACCCCAUCGCAGCAAAGAUCUCAUUAGAUGUGAUGGUGGAGCUGUACAAAAGAAACAUAUGGAACGAUGCUAAAACAGUUAAUGUCAUAACAACGGCAUGUUUCUCAAAGGUCACAAAGAUCCUCGUAGCAGGUCUGAAAUUUUUCCUGGGAAAAGAUGAAGAUGAGAAGAAUGAGAGUGAUUCCGAAUCAGAGAAUGAGGGGCCGACAGCCCGGGACCUGAUGGUGAGAUACUCCACUGGCAAGAAGACCUCCAAAAACAAAAAGAAGAUGGAAAAAGCAAUGAAAGUCCUGAAGAAACACAAGAAAAAGAAGAAAGCUGAGGUUUUCAACUUCUCUGCAAUUCACCUGAUUCAUGAUCCUCAAGAUUUUUCAGAGAAACUCUUUAAACAGUUGGAGGACUCUAAAGAACGCUUUGAGGUGAAGAUUAUGAUGAUGGAGCUCAUAUCCAGACUGGUUGGAAUCCAUGAACUUUUCCUCUUCAACUUUUAUCCCUUCAUUCAGAGGUUUCUACAGCCCCAUCAGAGAGAGGUGACAAAAAUUCUCCUAUGUGCUGCUCAGGCUUCUCAUCAGCUCGUCCCCCCAGAGAUCACUGAGUCUGUGAUCAUGACCAUCGCCAACAACUUUGUGACAGAUAGAAACUCUGGGGAGGUUAUGACCGUGGGCAUCAACGCCAUCAAGGAAGUGGUGGCCCGCUGUCCACUCGCCAUCACUGAGGAUCUUCUGCAGGACCUGGCCCAGUACAAGACUCACAAAGACAAGAAUGUGAUGAUGUCGGCCAGAGGACUGAUCCAGCUGUUUCGAAACCUCAAUCCACAGAUGCUGCACAAGAAGGACAGGGGGAGACCCACAGAGGCGUCAUUAGAAGCCAAAAUCAAAGACUACGGAGAGCUGGAAGCUAAAGACUACAUACCUGGAGCUGAGGUCCUAGAGGUGGAGGAGAAGAAGGAGGAAGGAGUGAAGGAUGAUGACGAUGGAUGGGAGAGCGCCAGUAUUAGUGAUGAUGAUGAAGAUGGCGAGUGGGUCGAUGUUCACCACUCAUCUGAUGAAGACACAGCAGGAGUGGCGGAGAAGCUUCAGAAUAUUCCAGUUGAGGAAAGAAAAGCCAUGGCGGCGGCAGUCAGCGGCAGCAGACUCCUGACUCAAGAUGACUUUAAGAAGAUCCGUUUGGUUCAGAUGGCCAAAGAGGUCAACGCUGCACCGGGUAAGGGUCAGAAGAGGAAAACCAUGGACAGUGACAACGAGGAAGACGAAAGGGGGGAGCUGCUGACACUGAGGAAUAUUGAAAAACUGCACAAGAAGCCGAAAGCAGACAAGGAAACACGACUGGCAACAGCAAUGGCGGGAAGGACAGACAGGAAGGAGUUUAUUAGGAAGCGGACCAAGUUGAAUCCUCAUGCCAGCACCAGCAACAAGGAGAAGAGGAGGACGAAGAACUUCAUGAUGAUGAGACACAGUCAGAACGUUCGAUCCAAGGGCAAACGCUCCUUCAGAGACAAACAGAUCGCUCUACGUGAUGCACUCUUAAAGAAGAGGAAACAGCAUAAGUAGGAUGUGGAAACGAGACCAUCUGCUCACCAUUCUAAACCUGAGUCUGGACUGUGUCGAAUACAUUUAUACAUCAACUUGUAUGAGUUUAUUCAUGUAUUAUUUUACAGUCACACUGUUGUGAAAUAAAUAAUCUUUCAUAAUUGUA